AUGAAGAAAAGUAGAGGGCAAAAACCAGGCAUCGUAGAAGAAGAGAGAAAAAUGGGUUUGAAUUCAUCACAUAUUGAAUGUUUAGUAUUAAUUGCCAUUUUACUUUGCAUUACUAAAUGCUAUGCCCAAAAUGUGUUCAAUAUCAUGCAAUUUGGUGCAAGUAAUGAUGGACGAACGGAUAGCACUCAGGCAUUAAGUAAGGCAUGGAGGCAAGCUUGUUGGCGUGAUGGAGGUGGUGUAGUUUUAGUACCAGAUGGGAGGUUUCUAAUUUUUUCCUUGGUGCUUAAAGGUCCAUGCAAAGGAUCCAUUGGUCUACGGAUUAAUGGCCAAUUGUUGGCUCCUAUCGAUCCAAAUUUCGCCAUUGCCCAAAUCUGGUUGAGUAUCUAUGAAGUCGACAACUUAUUUGUCGACGGGUAUGGCAGCUUCGACGGUCGCGGUUUUUUAGCUUGGUCUAUCAAAACCUUUAACCGUCCAAUUUCUAUGAAACUCACUAAAAUCAACCAUGCGAGAAUUACGGGUAUAACAUCGUACAAUAGCAAAUUCUUCCAUUUUGGUGUGCAUGGAUGUAGUGAUGUCACAUUUGAUCACAUUAGAGUAAUGGCUCCAAGAGAUAGCCCCAACACAGAUGGAAUCCACAUUUCCAAGUCAAGUGGUAUCAACAUUGUGCAUUCAAGAUUCGACACUGGAGACGAUUGUAUCUCUUUGGGCCCUGGAAGUAGAUUCAUCAACAUAACAAACAUCCAUUGUGGUCCAGGUCACGGAAUCAGCAUCGGCAGCCUUGGAAAAUACCCAAAUGAGGAAGAUGUCUCUGACGUUUUAGUAAGAGACUCCACAUUUGUUGGUACAGACAACGGUGUGAGGAUCAAAACAUGGUCGUCUUCACAUCCUAGUUUUGUUACCAAGAUUGUUUUUCUCAAUCUCGAAAUGAAGGACGUAAGAAACCCUAUGAUCAUUGAUCAAAAAUAUUGCCUUGACUGCAGCAGAGAUAAAAUGAGUACUUCAAGAGUGCAGAUUCGAGACGUGAGAUAUGAAGGCAUUAAGUACCCAUGGAGCCACGCUUGUGCAUGUGAUGGAGGUGGUGUGGUUUUAGUACCAGACAGGAGUUUUCUGAUUCUUCCGUUGGUGCUUAAAGGUCCAUGCAAAGGAUCCAUUGGUCUGCGGAUUAAUGGCGAAUUGUUGGCUCCUAUCGACCAAUAUUUCGCCACUGGCCAAACUUGGCUGAGUAUCUAUGAAGUUGAAAACUUUUUUGUCGACGCUUAUGGCAGCUUGAACGCCCGCGGUUCUUCAGCUUGGCCUUUCAAAACUUCUAACCGUCCAAUUGCAAUGUGCAUAGAUGUCAAUAAUGUCACGUUUGAUGACAUUAGAGCAAUGGCUCCAGAAGAUAGCCCCAACACAACACAGAUGGAAUCCACAUUUCCAAGUCAAGUGGUAUCAACUUUAUGCAGUCAAGAUUCGACACUGGAGACUUGUAUCUCUUUGGACCCUGGAAGUAGAUUCAUCAACAUAACAAACAUCCAUCGUGAUCCAGACCACGGAAUUAGCAUCGGUAGUCUUGGAAAAUACCCAAAUGAAGAAAAUGUCUUUAAAGUCAUAGUAAGAGACUCCCAUUUGUUGGCACAGACAAUGGAGUGA